AAGUCCUUAACCACCAUCGCAAGCACCCAAAAGCGUCGUCACGUCAAGUGUGCGCGUGUCAAAUGACAAACAACAAUUGUCAAAAUUGAGGACUACCUGUUGUCCUAGCGUGAGGUACUAUUUGUAAGUUUGGUGUGUAAAUUUGAACUUUUGGAAAAUUCGAAUCCAGGUGAUUAUCUUCUGAAGAUGCCGCGAGCUUUUCUGAUGAGUCAUCGGAGGUAUAAUUACGAAGAAGAUGAACAAAAAGGACAAAGCCCAGAGCACAAUGUCAGUACUGCCGAACCGAUGACCGAUAUACAUUCAACAGAAAAUAGUUCAGAAUGUCCAGAUGAAUUGUACAAUUUAACGAAAUUGGCCGAGGUGGCGGUGGCUACUGGUCAGAUACUCGAACAAAGAAGACUCAAUCCCCCUUCUGGUGCCGAAGAUGAAUCACCGUCCUAUGUAUACACACAUAAAUUAUUUGAUAAAUCUUCAAGAAUACCAAGACCACAUUUACCUAAGAAUCAAGAAGAAUCAUCCGCCCCAACAAUAUUCGAUCUUUCUUCCAAACCUCAACAGUACGACAGUCCUGUUUCUACUGAAACUCCACCACCUUCAGUAUCAUAUUCUUCAACUUCCUCUACUUCUUCGACAGACCACCACGAACACGAGUGUGCAGAAUGCGGUAAAAAAUAUAGCACCUCGAGUAAUUUAGCGAGGCAUCGACAGACCCAUAGGAGUCCGGCCGAUAAAAAAGCACGCAGGUGUCCACAUUGUGAUAAAAUUUAUGUCAGUAUGCCCGCUUUUUCUAUGCACGUCAGAACUCAUAACCAAGGAUGUAAGUGCCAGUACUGUGGAAAAUGUUUCUCGAGACCUUGGUUACUACAAGGACAUAUUCGAACCCAUACAGGUGAGAAGCCGUUUAAAUGUACUAUUUGCAACAAGGCGUUCGCAGACAAAUCUAAUCUAAGGGCUCACAUCCAAACUCAUUCCAAUACCAAACCUCACAUUUGCGGACGAUGCGGUAAAGCCUUCGCUCUAAAAUCCUACCUUUACAAACACGAAGAAUCAUCUUGUAUGAGGGUUAAUGGAGUUCGACACAAUUCGAGAGAAGCUACACCAGAUAAAAAUGUUGCUGCUUCCCCAACGCCCGUAAUAGUUUCUCUAACGCAAAGAAUUUCCGAUUCCGUUAUCAAAGGGUCUGAUAAUAUUAUACGUUCACCGAUGUUAUACAGGUCAACGGUAAUAUCUCCGAAUCCGGAACGGAUCCUAUACUCUACAAUCAAGCACCCUUCGGUUAUUUUGAAUACAACAAGGUUUGGGGCAAAUUUAGGUCUUCAAGAUCAACCAAUGGACUUUUCGGCGUCAUCCAACAAAGAUAAAUCUUUCGGAUCGAGCGGUGACAGAGCAAGUUACGCGUUAGGUCUAGCGAUCGCUGUUUAAAUUAAUGUUUCGUUCAAUUCCUUUUUGUUUUUGAGGGACCAUAGAUAUUCCAGUGAAAUAUAUAUCUACACUAGCUAUAAUAGACCAAAAAUGCUUGUAUUUUUGGAUAAUUUUAAUACGUUUGCAAUAAAAUUGUAAUUUUGUGUGAGUCAGAUUUGUAAACGGUGACUGUUUACCGGGUUACCGAAUAUGAGACGUGAGUGGCUUAAAUUAAGACAUUUAUUUAGGUAGUUUCGUCAUGACAGUGACCAAUAGAAAACUUUCUUUAAACAAAACUUAGUUCAAGGUUCUACGUUAAGGUGUUCACCAAAAAAAGCAUAUUUUGGAAAUCAACUCCCACUAUUAUACUUACAAGUUAUAAGAAGUUAUUGAAUCAAAUAUUGAUUAAGAAAUGUUUCUUUUACAUUUUAACACCUCAAGUACUAUUUUCACUAUCUUUUCUUGUCAAUUUUCACAUAAUAUUUUGUAUAGAAUAGAGAUACAGAUAAACAAACUCUUUUAUUGCUUAUUUGGCCAUUCGGUACCAAUUCAUUUGUUAUGAAUAUAGAAACAGAUAAUCAACAAUUCAUAUAAAGUGCUAGUAGUUCAUUGAAAAAAUACAUUUCACCCCUUUCGUUUCUCAGAGCAGGCAAUUUUAUUGUUGAGAUGCAUGCCGUGGUUGCAAUCUUUCCUCAACUAUCGAACCUCCUGAAGAUCAAUUUGUAGCAAAGUGCAUUAUGUACAAUUUUGUUGACAUAAUUUUUUAACAAAAAUACUAAAAAUUUCUCAACAAUAUCUUUAUAUAAAUUAUUAUUUUAUCACUCUACAAAAGAAUGACUUCAGACUAAUUUUGUAAAUGGUGGUUCAACGAAUAUUUUUACUCGUUUUUAUGCAUUCAUGAUGGUUUUGGAGCGCUCCAAAGUUGACCGUAUUUAUCAAUAUUCAUAACAAUCCAGUGUGAUUGUUAGUUAUAGAGAUAUAGCUUAAAAUGUGUUUACACCCCUUUUUCCAAGAUAACGACCGCGAAACAAGGGUUGCAGUCCCACAAACUUGCUCAUAGUCACUCCCCCAACACAUCCCAAUAAUAAAAUUACGUCCUACUAAAAACGCAAGGUAAUGCCUAAAUAAUAUUUCAAUCGACUACAGAGAGAACUCAGUGGAACUAUAGUGGAAAAAAACGUAAGUUUAGUAGUAGAUUUAUUGAUUUAGUAGUUCGAUAUUUUAUUUUGUACGUCAGCUGAAUGUAAAUCGUUUCCCACACAUGAAUAAGGCGUGUACCAAUUCUGUUACUCAGUUUCUUUACUUUUUGAAAUGCUCUUUCGAGCUGUGAAGGCGAGGCAGUGUAAAGAUUUCUCCAAAUACCUUCUUGACCGAUUUCUGCAACCUAAUCCGCUUCGGAGCAAAAUUUAUGGUUUCGAAUCACUCAAAUAUCGUUUGCAGUUGAAUAACUAGGCACAAAAUUAUUUUAUCAGCUUUAAAAUGUGCUCAUGAGAAAACUCAUUUCGUACAGAUCUUCCUGUAACCCAAGACUGUAACCAAAAUAUCACUCAUACUGCCUAGUCAGAUGCCUAGAGCUUCUUAUAGCUAUAGUUUUGUUAUGUUGCCUAGUAUUGAUGUACUUUUGGAAUUUCCUCCAUGUGGAUUGCAUCUAAUGCAGCAGAUACAUUCAUUAAAUAUUCUUUGGUUGAAGACUCACAAGAAUAUCUUUGUCUGACUCAACUUCUGUAUAUUAGGCCAGGAACUGGCUGCUGGACAAGAUGAUAUCCUCCUCUUUACGAUAAUUCCUUCCAAAAUAAAUCAAAUUGAAGGUGAAAAUUCCUUAUAAUCCAUAAUAUCCCAGGUUUUCUAUCGUAGAAAAACGAUAUAUGGGAACGAGUUAACAUGUACUCAUAAAGAGGAAAUUGAAACGAUUAAUCUAAUAGCACUAGCCCUCAUUGAACGAAAGAAUUUAGAAAAACCGGUAACCUAAUGUUAGAUACUCACUAAUGUUUUCUUAUGAUGAUUAUUUCGAAAAUUCUACCGUGAAUUUUAUGUGCCAAUAUUUAAAAUAUGUACAUAGUUAGAGCUGUUUUAAGUGGUGCUACUUUUGUUAUUUUGCCCUUUUUGGCAGCUGUACUUAAUUUUUUACUUUAACAUUAUUUCAAUAGUUUUAAUGUGAAAUAUUGAGGUAGUUUCUUAGUUUGGAAAACCUGAGCAAUAUAAUCCAAAAGAAAUUUAUAAAAAAAAUGCGCAAACUAUUCUGCGAAUUUCUGAAAUAGAUCAGUUUUUAUAUAAAAUCAUUCGUGUCUUUCUUCAACAAAUAAUUAGUAAUAAAAAUGUCAAAUAAAAAGAGAGAAUAAACUUCAAUUUCUAGAAAAUAGGAUAUUGAAACUUCGGACGAAUGAUUUUAUUUAAAAAAAAAUGUAUUCCAAGUUUGAUCUGUUCCAGGACGUUUUCUUUUGAAUAACCUCGAGGAAAAUGAAUUUAUUUACUAUUUUAAACCCUUAUUGCGUGGCAAUUUUUUGAAAUUGACAUUUAUUUAUAAUUAUUUAUAUUCAUUAUAACAUUAUUUAUUUGUGUAUUUUUUUUUAAAUUUGUAGACAAUUCAUCAUUAGAAGUUCUCGAAAUCUUCUAAAUAACUUGUAUUGAAAGCAAUUAAUUAACUCACCUGCCAAUAAAUACCUGCACGUCAUCACAAAAAAAAUCUAGAGAAAAAUUAUUGAUGGAUUCAAAUCCGGUGAUUAAAGAGGCGUGGGUUGAAGACGCUGGAUAUUCUGCAAUCCAAUCUUGUAAUUUAAAAUAAAUUUGUCAAUAAGCGUAUGAGCUUGAUGAAUUUUCAAUUUAACUAGCGCUCUGUAAUGAGUCUUGAGCUCUAGCAAACAAUUUUACUAAUAAUUUCUUUAAAAAAAAUACAAUUACACUGUAAUAUGAUGAGUUCUCUACAAAAAUAUUAUAUUUUGAUCAAGUUAUUUAUAUUUUUCGUAAUACUAUUAGCCGAUAAUCGUUUUUUACCGAAAUAUACGCGAAAAAAUGUCUGGAAUCAUGUUGAAAAUAUGUACCGGGCAUAUUAAGCGGUAGACGAGAGUGAAACUAGUCUUUUGAGCGUUUUCACUAAAAAACUUUUAGGGUUCAGUGGAAGCGCGUUAAGUCACUAAAAGUUAAGUUUAUUAUUAAUUUAUUUUUUUUUUCAUCUAACCGAACAGAAAUAACUGAAACAAUAAUUUUAGAGUUUAGUUGUCGAAAGUCGUUCAAAUUUUUCAAUUAUUUCAAGGUUUUCAAUACAAAUGAUGAAGAUAUGAUUAUAAUAAGUUAAAGAAGGUGUAUCUUGUUUAAUAAUUUAAUGUUUGAAGAUGAUUUCACGCAAUUGUUGGCCGCGGCUCCGCUUUAGAUAGCUCACGCGCAAGGUAAACUCUCUUCAACAUAUCGGCCGGUAUUUCACGAAUAAAUGCUUUAAUAUUGGCUUUCAGUGCGUCAAUCGUUUCUGGUUUAUCCUUGUAGACAUUAGCCUCAACAUGUCCUCACAAGAAAUAGUCUAAUGGCUUUAAAUCACACGAUCUAGGCGGCCGAUUGACGGGCUCCAAACGUGAGAUGAACUGUUCACCGACGACGAAUGUUACGCGUGCCGUUUGGCAUGUGGCACCGUCUUGUUGAAACCACAUGUCAGGCAUGUCCAAUUCUUCCAUUUUGGGCAAAAAAAAAAUCGUCAAUCUUCACACGGUAGCGCUCGCUAUUCACAGUAACGUUCCGGCCAUCGUCGGUUUUGAAGAAGUACGGCCCGAUGAUGCCACCGGCCCAUAAUCCACACCAAACAGUGACUUUUUCGGAAUGUAGGUUUUUACGCAUCUAGCAAAGUUUGUGAACACUCUAGCCGCUUAAUUAACUUUCAACUUUUCCAAGCGUCUACCUCUUCGUGCUGUGUUCGUUUUUCAUCAUUGUUGUAAACGAUCUAAUGUUUUGUUGUCAACAGAUCCACUCCAAUUUUUGCUGAUUUGAUUCUACUUGUUGUAUGUUCUAAGUAAAUUGUAACUUUAAUGUUUCUGUACAGGUUUUCACACUUCAUAAUGCGAAUUUCAUCUCCCUACUUCACUAUUUGUAAUCUGGGAUAGUGGUCAAAAUUAUUUUCCGGCAAUUUAUGAUUUUUAUUGCCACAAAGAAAUAGAAAAAAAUUUGAACGAUCUUUUAUUUGUAUCGGCUAAUGAUAUAAAAUGCCUAGUCAUUAUUUUUUAGUUGAAAUCACCAAGUGAUGAUUAUUUUAAUUUUGCUAAUUUAUUUCUAGUUUGAGGCCGAAUGUUGCAAUAUUAAUUUUAAGAAGUUUAUAUGUGUGAAAAAUGUAUUAUUAGAUUAGAUUUUUGGGCGUUAUCAUGUCUGAUUAUAUUUGUAUUCAUUCCUAUUUUUGAUCUUAUGGUGUUUCAUGUUGUAGAUUUAAUCUCAGAAACGUAUUUUGUAGAUUUGUGUACUUUUAUACAAUAUAUCUUUUUGACAAA